UCAUAGAGUCGAUGCGAGUGGACGAAAAACCAGAAACCGCAAACAAAUCGUACCCUCGAGGAUUUCUACAGAAAAGAAUUCAUCCAAGUCCUCGACGUACAAACACAAGCCCUUACCGACAACGUUGAACACAUGUGAUAUUCUUGCCCCGGCAAUUAACCUUCUUCUUCCUCCAUUCGACAAUGAUCCCAAAGAAGGAGACAUCGACUCUCUCGUGAAGAUGCUUCCACGUUCACUACAACCUGACAACGACGUUUUAUGCGCUGAAGUUGAACUGACGUUGUUUAGAAAUCAUUUUCGAGAGAACAAGCUGGACACUGAAACAAUCGCAGAAGCAGCACGUCUAGCUAUGAAAUUUGAAAAGUUAACAUAUUUCCUUUAA